UCAUAUGUUGUAAUCGCAGCAGGUCAGAACAUUGAUUGUUUAAUUUUCUUUAACACCAUUGGGAUCUCUUUAAAAGUGUUUUUUUUUUUGUUUUUCUGAGUUGAAACAUAAAAUUUCAAUUAGAGCGCAUAUGCAUAAAUCAAAUGAGAAAUAUAGGGAAAUAACUAUAGACAAAGGUGGUGGAGGAGACAGUGACUCUCCCCAUAGAGAUGCAUCUCAGUUUCCGAAGGUGAUGAAUAGGCCUAUCCAUCUGCCCAUUGAAACCCAUUUCCUCCUCCCUCCUCCUCCGCGCAAAGAAGCGGAGAAGCCAUCCUCAUUGGGACUUAAGUCCGUGCUUUCGUAUCCGCUCAAGGUUCGAGAUUCGUUGAAGAAACUCGGAAAGAGCAAAAGCAUGGAAAGGAUCCUUGAAGGGACUCAUGAUCCAAAAGAUGAACAAAUUGUUCAGUCGUUCCGUGAAUUACUUUUCCUUGAGGAUCAAUUUCCAGCAAAACACAAUGACUAUCAUACACUUCUACGCUCUCCUUGUGCAUUUAUGUUUCUAAGAAUGAGAGAUUUUGAUCUGCAAAAAGCAAAAGAAAUGUUUCUGAAUUAUCUUCAAUGGCGCAAGGACUAUGGAGUUGAUGCAAUCCAAAAGGAAUUUAAGUUUACCGAGCUCGCAGAGGUGAAGAAAUGCUACCCUCAUGGAUUUCAUGGUGUCGAUCGAAGUGGUAGACCGGUAUACAUAGAAAGGGUUGGGAUGGUAGACCUGAAUGCAUUACUUCAAGCAACCAGCAUAGACAGAUUUGUAAAGUAUCAUGUAUCAGAACAAGAGAAAACACUAAAUUUAAGAUACCCUGCAUGCUCAAUUGCAGCCAAGAGGCAUAUUGCAUCCACCACAAGUAUCUUAGAUGUGAAGGGAGUUGGGAUGUCUAAUUUCUCAAAGCCUGCAAGAUAUCUUUUCAUGGAAAUUCAGAAAAUUGACAGCAACUACUACCCAGAGACUCUAAACCGGCUCUUCAUUAUCAAUGCUGGUUCUGGGUUCCGGAUGCUUUGGAAGGUUCUCAAGGCGUUUAUGGAUGCUCGAACCUUGGCCAAAAUUCAUGUGCUGGGAUCUAAUUACCUUAGCAAUCUCACUGAAGGCAUUGAUCCAAGUAACUUGCCGGCGUUUCUUGGUGGAAGCUGUACAUGUGCUGACUAUGGGGGUUGCUUGUUAAGUGAUAAAGGACCCUGGAAGAACCCAGAAAUUACAGAGAUGCUUCAGGUGGUUACAUGUAAUGAAGAUACCAAUAAUGAAGGAAAUGGUGACCUAGCUUCAGGAGAUGCUUUGAUGCAUGAUAUGGAAAAUGGUAAAAGCAAAGAAGACAUGGGAAAGGAGGAAAGGGGAAUGAGUGAUAAGUUUGCACCACAAAAAGUAAUGGCACUGGAAGCUUCACUUGCAGACACCAAUAAAAAAAUUGAUGCACUGGAAGUGGCACUUGAGGAUACCAAGAUGGUGUUGAGAGGGCUUGCACAGCAUAUUAAAGAUCUGAAUCUUUGAACUUGCUGACAAGAUUGUUGGUUACCAGCAAGCUUGUUACACUGUGAAGCAGAGUUCAAAUGGGAAGCCAAAGGCAUUUCGUAUGCGCUUUGGGAGUGACUAUUGAGGAAAGCCAGUCAGAGUCCCAAACUUGAUGGUGCAGAUUUCAAACAAUAUUUCAGUGUAUUUUCUAGAACGCCAUUGAAGUAGGCCAACGUAGAAAUCUGGGAUACAUUAGGGAACCCAGGAAUAAUUGCCACCCAAACAGAUUAACUGAAUAUCUAAUAGAACUCUCUAACUGUAGUAAAAAAUACAACAUACCCAAGAAAAUACCUUCUUUCUUUCUUUUAUUUAAAACUUGCAAUUAUUAAACUUAAUAAACCAGAAUAUAUUCUUGGAACAA